AUGAAAUACUUUUCACGGAACUCGAAGGAAUUACCAUCCUUGGAAGAGAUUACAGUUGUGAGACCAGCGCGUUAUAGUGUAUACUACUUCCCCGUCCGCGAUGGGAAUAACACGGGUGUCCUUACAAAAUUCCUGAGCUGGGGCGCCCGGCGCCACUUCUUGAAGAAAUGGCUCGGGGGCUAUAGGUUCCAAGCAGAACCUAUUGCGGUUCGGCAGAUGGGCGAAAAUGGCUCGUUCCCAGACUUACCUGAUCAGACAAUUUGGGAGAGUGCCACACUGAGAAGGCUACCAAGCGAAUUCAAAGAAGAACGGGUAGAAAAUAUAAUGCCAUCUGCUAUCCCCAGCAAAAGACGUCGCGAAUCAGCUAGGGAGGGCACCGAGUCAGGCUUGACAAGUGUCAGCAGUUCAGGGAGCGACAUUCCUCCUCAAAUCAUCACAGGGACUUCUGUACAAGAAAGUGGUAAUAAUACCUCUGGAAGGGCGUCGAGGCAUGCUAGCAGCGAUGAUGACUCCGAGGAGGACGAGGAAGAGGAGGAUGAAGAUGAAGCAGCUCCUACUGGGUUAUCAAAUGAGGGACUUCCUGUUCUUGCACGUUCGCUAUCUCGUACGGGGCUUGUCCACGGAUCAUCAAAUGCACAGGGCAAAUCAGACAGAAGCCGACCAGCCCGAGAAACUUUAUCGAAACUGCUCAAUACAAGACUCCUGACAUCUCCCCUUGUCAAUACCUCGGGUACAAGCGAUUCAGGCGUUGACAUGUCGACUUCUUCUAGCUCUGCACUCCCAACUAUCAUUAAAUUCAAAUUCAUGGUCCCUAGGACCAAAAUGGUGCGCGACCUACGAGUCGAAAAUAACGAAGAGAACUCGGAAUAUCUAUUCAACCAGGCCAGGGAAUUCUUCCGCCGCUACGACAGACUUGUUGGGACGCCUGUUUCAGAGUGUGUUGUCGAAGGCGAACCAGAGUGCAGAUGCAUCUAUAAUGCGAAAGAAUUGAGUUACUAUAUCGAGGAGCUUCGUGAAAGACGAGGAAUAGUCAAAGUCACAGUCACGCAAAGUUCUUAA